AUGGCAGAGAAUAUGGAUCUGUCGCCUCCCUCGCCUCGCGGUACGAAACGAAAGGGCGAUGACGCACUGCCACUUCCGGCGCCACGUCGGAUCAAAGCACUUGCGCAGGAUGUAGUCAACAAGAUCGCUGCAGGCGAGAUUAUCGUCGCGCCUGUACACGCGCUCAAAGAACUGAUCGAGAAUGCUGUUGACGCAGGGUCGACUGCAUUGGAAGUUAUGGUGAAAGAUGGCGGCCUCAAACUCCUGCAGAUCACAGACAACGGGCACGGGAUUGAUAAAGCAGAUCUACCAAUUCUCUGUGAACGAUUCACAACCUCGAAGCUGAAGGCGUUUGAGGAUCUGACCUCGAUCGGCACUUAUGGCUUUCGUGGAGAGGCGCUGGCGAGCAUCAGUCAUAUUGCACAUCUCAAAGUCACGACGAAGACGAAGGAAUCGAGCUGCGCAUGGGAAGCCCACUAUGCGGACGGUAAGCUUGCCAGUCCGAAGCCUGGUCAGAAUGCGGAGCCGAAAGCGAAAGCUGGACGACCAGGAACACAGAUCACAGUCGAAGACCUGUUUUACAAUGUUCCUUCACGCCGUCGUGCGUUCCGCUCGGCUAGCGAAGAGUACGCAAAGAUUCUCGAUCUUGUUGGACGCUACGCGGUGCACUGUGCGGGUGUGUCUUUCUCCUGCCGAAAAGUUGGCGAUAAUGCCGGAAGUGGCAUCUCCGUUCCUGCGACCGCUAGUAUGAAGGAUCGUAUACGACAGAUUCAUGGCAGCGCGGUAGCCAACGAGUUAGUGACUGUUAAGGCAGAGGACGAUCGUUGGGGCUUCAAGUGUGAGGGAUGGAUCAGCAAUGCGAACUAUAGCGCCAAACGGACGAGCUUGUUGUUGUUCAUCAACCAUCGAUCGGUCGAGUCGGCUGUGAUCAAGAAGAGUGUUGAGCAGACAUACGCUACAUUCCUGCCGAAAGGUGGGCAUCCGUUUGCGUAUUUGAGCCUUGAGAUCGAGCCACAUCGGGUUGAUGUCAAUGUACAUCCCACGAAACGCGAAGUUCACUUCUUAGAUGAAGACGAAAUUAUCGCUGUUAUAUGUGACGAGAUCCGCAAUAGCCUGAGCAAAGUGGAUACAAGCAGGACUUUCUUGACACAGUCGCUACUGUCGAAUCCCAAAGUCCCGUUUGCAACACCCAUGAAGCAGUCAAUGUCAGCUAUGCCAGCGACACCAGCGACAGGCGAUAUAUCAGACCGCAGCGGAUCGAGAGUUCCGAAGACAGCGACGAAGAAACCGUACGAGAACAAUCUUGUGCGCACAGAUUCAUCAGCACGCAAGAUUACAUCCAUGCUGCAACCGCAACGCACCAUAGACGAGGCCGAAAACGACGAAGACGAGAUGGAAUACGAGUGUUCUGAGAAAGAGCCGAUGAUCUGUCGCCUAACGUCCGUGAAGGAAUUACGUGCUGAAGUGCGAGACGCUAUGCACGGCGACCUCACUGACAUUAUUUCAACCCAUACAUUUGUCGGCAUAGUUGAUGAGCAAAAGCGCUUGGCUGCGAUACAAGGCGGAGUCAAACUCUUCCUCAUCGAUUAUGGUAUGCUAUGCAACGAGUACUUCUACCAGGUUGGCCUAACCGACUUCGCAAAUUUUGGUUCGAUACGUUUCAACCCACCUCUACCAUUGCGUGAUCUACUCAAGAUCGCAGCGGAGCAAGAGAAAAAGAACGCAGGUGACGCGGCAGAUGAUGUGGAUUGGGAUGAGGUCGUUGACACCGUUCAGCGACUAUUAAUCGGGAAGGCUACUCUGCUCGUAGAGUACUUGUGCAUGGAAAUCUCGGCGGAAGGCGAACUAUGUUCUAUUCCAUUGCUGAUGAAAGGUUACACACCUUCACUGGCCAAAUUACCGCAGUUUCUUCUGCGUCUCGGUCCACAUGUGACGUGGGAUAACGAGAAAGCUUGUUUUCAUACCUUGCUCUGCGAACUUGCUUCGUUUUACGUCCCAGAGUGUUUGCCGCUGGCGCCUUCUCUGCCGGUGGAUGGUAACGACACGAGCAAAGAAAGAAUUAUAGAAGAAGAUCCGGAAAUUGCUCUGCGCAGGAAGAAGGUGAGGAGAGCGUUGGAACACACUAUUUUCCCAGCUUGCAAGGCGAGACUAGUGGCUACGAGGGGCUUGCUAAAAGGGGUUGUGGAAAUCGCCAAUCUCAGGGGGCUUUAUCGGGUCUUUGAGAGAUGUUAA